CUAGCUUUUUAAUUUCAUCCUUCUAUUUUGGAGGCAGGCCAUUAUAAUACUCCCCAUUUGUGCAGCCAGGAAGUUGUUUGGGACGGACACACACACACACACACACACACACACAAAUCGGGCAUCACACAGCGGAUAGAGCCAACUGUGGUCAACAACAUAAAUGAGACAGUCCUCACUUUGGGUUAUUUAACACGCGUGGACAGUGCAGACGGGUUGGACGCCUUCUUGGUUUGCUCGGUGCGCGAGGUCAGAGGGAGCGGUGUGCCGCGCAACAGAUGCCGCACCGAGAAAUAAGCCUUUAAUACCCCGAGGACUCAGGAGAGGGUAACUACACUCAACUCACAAUACAGACUUAAGUGAAACCCCUCACGCAACUCUUCCGGCGGUGUCCUGCGCGUCGCGCUUUCUUCUCUUUGGGAAAUAUUUCACCUUUACGCACCAAACUGCGCUUUAAAGAGCGGUGCCGCAUCUGAUAGCAUCCUCGGAUACACGCACCUGUUUCAGAGGUAAACUGAGUCUCAUGGCAUACCUGUCCAUGUCUCCUCUACCGGGGCCGGUUGAAUGAUAAUCUGAUCUGGACGUUACACCUGCGGUAUAAAACCAGUGGACCACUUUAUCCAACAUGCCACCCAAGAAAAAGGGAGAGCGUCAGGACUCGGACGUCGUCGAGGAAAGAAACGCCCAGGUGCAGCUGGAGAAGGCCAAGUACAAACCUGUGGCAUUCGCAGUACGUUGCAACUUCUCCUACACCCCAGCAGACGACGACAACGUUCCCGUACCGGGCCAGGCUGUCACCUUUGAGGCCAGAGACUUCCUCCAUGUCAAAGAGAAGUUUAACAAUGAGUGGUGGAUCGGCCGGCCAGUGAAGGAGGAUGGUGUGGUGGGCUUCAUCCCCAGUCCAGUCAAUCUGGAAACCAUUCUCAUCAGAAGAGAAGUCCAGGCGAGGAAAGCUGCCAAGGCCUUAGCCAACAAAGCAGCGGCUCAAGUAGCUCAAGAUAUGAACUCAAAGAAAUAUACUCCUCCAUCACAAGCCAAUCAGCAGGUGAAAAAGAAACCGGGGGAGCAGGUGGCUAUGUAUGAUGUAGUGCCUACAAUGCGUCCUGUGGUUCUAAUGGGACCAUCACUGAAGGGCUUAGAGGUUACAGAUAUGAUGCAAAAAGCACUAUUUGACUUUUUAAAACAUCGAUUUGAAGGCAGAAUUACCAUUACACGGGUCACAGCAGACAUCUCUCUGGCUAAACGGUCCAUCCUCAACAACCCUGGCAAAAAGGCCUUAAUGGACCGGUCAAACACACGCUCCAAUUUAGCCCAGAUCCAGGGGGAGGUGGAGCGAAUCUUUGAGCUUGCCCGCAGCCUGCAGCUGGUGGUUCUAGAUGCAGACACAAUCAACCACCCUCUCCAGGUGUCCAAGACCUCCCUGGCGCCAAUCCUUGUCUAUGUCAAGAUCUCCUCACCAAAGGUGUUGACGCGACUGAUCAAGACGAGAGGAAAGUCACAGACCAAGCAUCUCAAUGUUCAGCUGGUGGCAGCAGACAAGCUUGCCCAAUGCCCACCAGAAAUGUUUGACGUCAUCUUAGAUGAGAACCAGCUUACUGAUGCCUGUGAGCACGUUGCUGAUUAUCUGGAGUCUUACUGGAGAGCCACUCAUCCACCAGAGAUGGAGCCUGCCAACGCACUGGUAGCCCAGCUGGCUGGGAACACACUGCCCACCAGUCCUUCAGCAAUACCGGAUGGGCAGAAAAACAAGAAGACAGCUGCCCCCAAGAGGAAGGGUUCCCGGGAAAACCAUCUCGACCUGGAGCCCCCUUCAGUACAGGCACAGGAGCAGAGGGCUGAGGAGGGCCAAAGAGAGGAGGAAGAACGACUUCUGAGGACUGAACCAAAGAGACCCCAGCACACCCACCACCAUCACCAUCACCACCACCACCACCGUCGGAUGGAGCACCACAGCCACACCCAGCACAACCAAACAUCCGGAGGCAUGGAAGUACAGCCGAGCAGGGAUUACAGCCAGAGGCUUCCCCGCAGGCACCCGCCUGAGGAGAGGGAGGAGGAGGUGGAGGAUGUGGUCGAGGAGGAUGAGGACGAGACUCGCUAUAACCACCGAGGCCAUAACCACCACCAUCAUAACAGCAACCACCACCAUCACCACCACCACCACCACCAACAACAUCACCACCGUGGGAACAGCCAGCCACAUGUUGCGGCAGACUAUGAGCAGGAGCACAAUGAACGCAACCGGCAGCACAGGCAUCACCAGCAUAUUCCACAACGGACACACCACACGGAUCACUAUCCUGCGCACAAUCAUCACAACUACCACCACUACCAUGGCAGAGACAGGGACAGGGACAGGGACAGAGAUAGGGAAAGACACAAGGAUAGGGAAAGAGACAGGGAUAGGGACAGAGGUAGAGAUAGAGACAGAGACAGAGAUAGAGACAGAGACAGAGACAGAGAUGCACGACAAUGGCACAGAGAUUCCUAUAUACAUUCGUGACUGCUGUUUCUUCUGUGGGCUGGUGCAUGGUUUUAUGCUGCUCAAGUUAUAAUGCACUAAUGGAGGGCAGGGUGUGUCAUCUUUGUAGACAAUGUUUUCCUCAUGUUGUUUACCAUUUUUUAUUUUUACCCUCUGCACACACUUUGUCCUUUUACCAGAAUCAAUAUUAUGAUUUGGUUUUUGUCUGUCUUAUUUUCACCUAAUUAAUAUGGCUCUAUCUGAGUGUAUUUUUGCACAGACAUUAAAAGCAAUGGUGUGUUCGUUCAGUAUGGGUUGUAAACUUUUUGGUUUUGUAUUGGUCAUGCGAAUCAUACCGAAGCCAGUUUUAUUUUAUCCAUUAUCUCAAGAUCACUUUAUUACUACUUUACUCUUCUUAUCUAGAGUCUGUUUCUGUGCUUAAUGAUAUUAGAUAUAUAAUAAUAAUAAUUAAUAAUAUAUUAAUAAUAAUAAUGAUGUAGCCAGGGUUGUCCCUUGUCACCGAUCUUGUUUGUGAUAUUCAUGGACAGGAUCUUGAGGUGCAGCCAGGGGGAGGAAGGGGUCCGUUUUGGGGACCUCAGAAUUGUAUCUCUGCUCGUUGAUGAUGUGGUUCCGCUGGCUUCAUCACACCAUGACCUCCAGCAUGCACUGGGGCAGUUUGCACCCAAGUGUGAAGCGGUCAUGAUGAGAGUAAGCACCUCCAAAUCUGAGGCCAUGGUUCUCUGCUGGAUUGCCCCCUCCAGGUUGGGAGAGAGUUACUGUCUCAAAUGAGGGACUUCAAGUAUCUCGGGGUCUUGUUCACGAGUGAGGGUAGAAUUGAGCGUGAGAUUGAUCUGCGGUUUGGUGCGGCUUCUGCAGUGAUGUAGGCGCUGCGCCGAACCGUUGUGUUAAAGAGGGAGCUGAGCCAGAAGACAAAGCUUUUAUUUUACUGGUCCAUCUAUGUCCCAACCCUCACCUAUGGUCAUGAGCUCUGGGUAGUGACUGAAAGAAUGAGAUCGCAGAUACCAUCGGCCAGAAUGAGUAUCCUCCAUGGCGUGGCUGGGCUCAGCCUUAGAGAUAGGGUAAGGAGCUCAGACAUCCAGAGGGAGCUCACAGUAGAGCCGCUGCUCCUUCGUGUCGAAAGGGGUGAGUUGAGGUGGUUUGGGCAUCUGAUCAGGAUGUGUCCUGGGCGCCUCCUGUUAGAGGUGUUCCAGGCACGUCCCACUGAUUGGAGGCCCUGGGCAGACCCAGAACAUGCUGGAGGGAUAACAUGUUUCAUCAGGCCUGGGAAUGCCUUGGGGUCCCCCAGGAGGAGCUGGAAAGCUUCCUGUGACCCGGCCCUGGAUAAGCAGAUGAAAAUGGAAGGAUGGAUGGAUGUAGCCCGAAACAGAUUAUCAUGAGAAAACAUCUCUGUUUUCCUGAUAUAUGAAAUAAUCAAUUUGUGAUCUAGAGAUGAGGGGAUAAAAUAAUCUAAACAAUGGCUGGUCUUGGCUUCCGUUCAAUUAAUGCAUUUUAUGAUUUUUGUUUCUACAAAGUUCGGCAAAGGGAUGUUUUGUCUAAUCAGAUGGUCAAAAAAUAAACAAAAACGAACAAACAAACAAACAAACAGAAAAAACAAGGGAACAACAGACUUGUGUGUUUCUGUGUCACAUCUGACUCUGCCCCCAUGUGUUACACUUGGUGUAUUUUCAAAAACCAACAAUUUAUUUUAAACAUUGGUAAGGAAAGUCCAACUAUUUUUCUACAUGAUUCUAAAAGGAAGUCAUACUUUUCUUCCUACUUUUCUAAAUGGUGUUCAAGCAUAUUUAUUGACUUGCAUUUGCUCUUGUCUGGAAGCAUGAAAAAUCUUUUGGUGACACUGACCUGUGCUAUAUGCUGGAUACUCUAUGCAUCUUCUUGUGAUAAAAUAUAUUGCUUGAAUACAAUCUCUAUGCAUUUGUAUAUACUUCAUAAUUGCCUUGUUAGGUAAAUUCAAGGAGAACCAGAGAGCUUGUUGCACUGUUUAGUAGAACUUGACCUACUGUGUAUGAUUGCUUUGAGUUGAUGAGACUGAAUUGACUCUGUUCCUUUCAAAAUGUUUUGUUUUGGUUAUUUUUGUUUUGUACAGCAUUCAGAAGUUGGUUUUGACAAAUAUGCAUUCAAUUGUUGAAAAUCAUUAAAAUACAAAAUGAAGAAUGUGUUAAUUGACAUUUUAUUUGAAGAUGUCAGCGCUUCCGUCACUUAUUACUCUUCAGGGGUCUCAUUUAUAAAUAUUGCAUAUGCACAAAACAAGGCCUGAAAUAGGCAUAUGCUGCUUCCCACACCAAAGUUGUGAUCUAUAAAAACAGACUUGAUGGGAGAAACUUUCACCCAUGCUUCUGAACAUUUUGGAGAGGGGAAAUUGAUGAUGCAGAUGGUGAAGCCUGAAUGUAGAAAUUGUUGAACAUUAUUUGGCGCACUCUGUUUUUUGGCUUUUGUCUGUACGUACAUUUUUAGUAUGGAUCCUAUGCAUUGUUUCUUAAAUGAGACCCCAGAUCACUGAUGUUGUCCUUGACAUGGAAGUUGCAUGAUGCAUUAAUGUGUACAUCACUUUAAUGUUGCAGCUGGUAGAAGCGUUUCUAAUUCAAAUUACUUUGACGAUUAGCUUGUGAAUUUUCUC